AUCUCUGCGGCUGAGUAACGAAACCACGGCGCUCUUCAGAGGCGUGGGAGGCACCCAAACCUCCUGGCUGGGUAGCCAAGUGCCCUGUGCCACCUGGCGGGGCGGGCCCGUCCCGGCACAGGGGCCGCGCAGGGCUCGGGGCCGCGGCCGCUCGGGCCCGCUCGGCAGCGCCGUUUCCGGGAGCCGCGGGCAGGUGAGGAGGAGGAGGAGGAGGCUGCGGGCGGAGCGGAGCGGCCGCGAUGAGGCUGCUGCUGCUGGCGAGUCUGCGGGCACAGACCGGCAACGCCACCACGGCCGCCAGGAUCCAGAAUCAUCUACAUGCUGCAGGCCAUACCUGUGUCCUCAAGGAUGCCUUCCUGUAUGAAAGUGCAGGUGAAAUAGCAAAUCUGACCUCCACAGACAAGUUUGAUGCAGCCCUGGCCAUUCACCUCUAUAAAGGAGGCAGACUACUGCAAGGGAGCAGAAUUCCUUUUGGAAUCAUCUUUGGUGGGACAGAUGUGAAUGAAGAUAUCAAAUGUCAGGAGAAACGCCAGGUGAUGGGAGCAGUCCUGGAGGAAGCCAGGUUUGCAGUGGCUUUCACAGUGGAGAUGAAGGAGCUGGCAGCAGCAGAGUGGCCAGAUGCUAGGAAGAAAAUAUACGUCCAAGGUCAAGGAAUUAGGACUACACCCAGUGAAACAUUUGACUGGUAUGGAUUUCUACAAAAUGCAGGCAUUCCUACAGACACAGGCAGUGUGCACCUGUUUCUCCUGGUCUGUGGGCUCCGAAGAGUCAAAGACCCUCUGUACUUGGUGGAAGUUUUCUCAGACUGGCACAGAAAGGAUCCCAGGGUCCAUCUGGGCAUUAUUGGACCUGCAGUGGAUCCACUCUUUAGCAGUGAAGUUAAGGAGAAAGUGAAAAGGGCCCCCGGGGUGCACGUGCUGCAGGAGCUGCCGCAGCGGGAGCUGCACGCCGCCGUGCGCGGCUGCUUCGCCGUGGUGAACAGCUCCGUGUCCGAGGGGAUGUCUGCUGCCCUCCUGGAGGCAAUGGAUUUAGACAUUCCAGUGCUGGCGAGGAACAUCCCUGGGAACGCAGCAAUAAUAAAACACAAGGAAACGGGACUGCUGUUCUCAACUCCGCAGGAGUUUGUUGAGCUGUCCAAGAGUUUAAUGAAUGACCCCAUUAUGGAAAAGGAAAUCAUAACAAGGGCCAAAGACUACGUGAAGAAACACCAUUCCUGGGAAGGGGAAAGGAAAACCUACCAGAAGCUUGUGCUGAGACUCCAGUGACUCGCAGGACUGCAGCUGCCACCAGCAGAGCACUGUAAUGAUGGGAAUGUGAUUGGGGCUGCCUUUCUCUCGGGUUUUUAGUCAGCCAUGCAUUGCUGUUGUUUGCACACUGGGAUCAGAGCCUGCAGAGCCCGGAGCAGAGCUGGGUGUUUGCUGCUGGGGGCCUCAGAGGGCACAGAGCUCUUGGACAUGGAUUUCUCCCAAAUUUCCCUCCUCGUUUGUGUGGGGCUGCUCAGCACUGCCUGCAGCAGCACAACCCUCCAGGGCAGGACCAGCCCCAUUUCAGAUCCCAGAAUUGCUGCCCUCCCCUCUGAGCACGUUGUUCCUGCUAUUCCCAGUGUCCUUGGCCGUGCUGGGAUGGAGGGGCAGCUGUGGCACUCCCAGUGCAGAGCAGAGGGGAAAUCUGCAGCUGCCUCCAGCUGGGUGUUGCUGCUGGGCCUCCUUCGGCCACUGCAGAGCAGGCACUGAAGGAGGAACUCCUGCAAUGUGAAUUUUCAGCAUCACAUAUUUAUAGGUAAUAAUAAAGGACUUUUCUAACGAACUGAGCCAGCUUCAGGGUGUCCUGUUCCUCUCAAAACCUCCCAGAGAUCUCCUCUGCCAGCUCCUUUCUGAUAACCUACUUGAUGUUUUGAUCCUUAGCCAUCCCCCCUCCCCUUCCAAUAGUAUUGGUUGUCUUCUGAGAAAAACAGGUUUUUAAAAGCAAAUAAACAGAUGCACACUGUGGGACAGAAGCCCAAGCACUGAGCUAAUGGUGAGUGAUUAGUAAUAGUAAUUUUUUUUCUGCAGAUACAUUUAUCACUGAGCUUCAACUAUAAAUAUAUCGAUCUGGAAUUUGUGCUAUUCCCAGCAAAACAAAAUAUGUUCAAGUGAGAAAUUCUGCUACACCCUCAGAAUGUAAUUAACAUACGAUUUUUCAGGCUGCAUUUAAUCUAUAAAUACGAAAUGUGCAUCUGGGAAGCAGCGUGCCCAUUUGCAUGUGAUCAGUGUGGCAGCAGCA